UCGGCUCCCGCCCCUUCUCCGCCAUCAUCAAGUCCUGAACAAAAACGGAUGAGAGUCGAGCAAAAUGGGGGCAAUAACACGAAGUAGAGAUCAAAUCCACCAGCAACCCUAACGAAAUGUCAUUGCAAAGCGAAGAAGGGAGCGGAGCGGUGGCUUUUAAUGAUUCGGCUCGCAGCUGAAAACGUCCCUGGCAGCUCCUGGCGUUUCGUUAUUGUAGUUAGCAUUGUCGCUAACAGCAGCCAGAGCUYCUGAUCGUUUCCCGAUUUUCUCCGGGGGGGCACGGCUCUGCUUCUCGGUUAGCUGGAAGGCGUCAGUCUGACUGACACUUUCCUCAUGUCAAGUCGCAAAGACCUGCUGGCUGCUGUCCGACUGACUGCGAGCAUCGGGAUGGCGAGGGGUUUAGAGAAAAACGUUUGCAGACGGAAUGUGGUUCGUUCGUGUUGAGUAGACAUCAGAAACAAGGACGGGGGAGUGAGACCAAUAUUUUCCAGUCAGGACAGUUAGCUAGCUCCACAGCUAGCUACAGUGGAUCCCAAAAGCCACGGCGCUGGCCAUGCCGUCGAGUGUGCGGGCCGGGAGCCUGAAGGACCCGGAGGUGGCUGAGCUGUUCUGCAGGGAGGAUCCUGAGAAGCUCUUCACAGACCUGAGGGAGAUUGGUCAUGGGAGCUUUGGAGCAGUCUACUUUGCCCAUGACAUCCGCACAAAUGAGGUGGUGGCAAUCAAGAAGAUGUCCUAUAGUGGCAAACAGUCCAAUGAGAAAUGGCAGGAUAUCAUCAAGGAAGUGAAGUUCCUCCAGAAGCUGCGCCACCCCAACACCGUGGAGUAUCGGGGCUGCUACCUGAGAGAGCACACAGCCUGGCUGGUGAUGGAGUACUGCUUAGGUUCAGCCUCAGACCUCUUAGAAGUCCACAAGAAGCCCCUCCAGGAAGUGGAAAUAGCUGCGAUAACCCAUGGUGCAUUGCAGGGACUGGUGUAUCUUCAUUCUCACAACAUGAUUCACAGGGACGUGAAAGCAGGAAACAUCUUGCUAACAGAGCCAGGUCAGGUCAAACUGGGAGACUUCGGCUCUGCCUCUAUAGUUGCUCCGGCCAACUCUUUUGUGGGAACACCUUACUGGAUGGCCCCUGAGGUGAUCCUCGCCAUGGACGAGGGGCAGUAUGACGGGAAGGUGGAUGUGUGGUCACUUGGCAUUACCAGCAUAGAGCUGGCGGAAAGGAAGCCUCCUCUGUUCAACAUGAAUGCUAUGAGUGCCUUAUACCACAUCGCCCAGAAUGAGAGCCCUGUGUUGCAGUCCAAUCACUGGUCAGAUUAUUUCCGUAAUUUUGUGGACUCCUGUUUGCAAAAGAUUGCCCAGGACAGACCUACCUCUGAUGUGCUGCUGAAGCACCAUUUCCUAUGCAGAGAGCGUCCCAUGACCGUCGUGAUGGACCUGAUCGCACGCACUAAAGAUGCUGUCCGUGAGCUAGACAACCUUCAGUACCGCAAGAUGAAGAAAAUCCUCUUUCAUGAGGCACACAAUGGUCCGGCACCAGAAGGAGGCGAUGAUGAAGAGGAUGUGGAGCAGUAUAUGUUACACACCGGCACAGUCAACAGCAUGGAGAGCUCCCACUCUCUGCCGUCCAUGUCGAUCAGCGCCAGCUCCCAGAGCAGCUCGGUCAACAGCCUGGCAGACGGCUCAGACGACAGCGGGGAGAUGGCCAUGAUGCAGGAGGGGGAGCACACAGUCACCUCCAACAGCUCCGUCCUGCACAAACCCCUGAGCCAUGACAAUAUCUAUGAUGAUCCAUAUCAGCCAGAGGCCGAAUCACAACGAGAGGCUUCGUCKGGUGGCGGUGGCGGGGGAGGAGGAGGCGGCAGACGUCGGCGCAGAGAUCACUUCGCCACCAUCAGGACAGCUUCACUGGUCACUCGUCAGAUCCAGGAACACGAACAGGGAUCGGCUCUCAGAGAGCAAAUGUCUGGGUACAAGCGGAUGCGGCGGCAGCACCAGAAGCAGCUGAUGGGCCUGGAGAACAAGCUGAAGUCAGAGAUGGAUGAACACCAGCUGAGACUGGACAAAGAGCUGGAGAAUCAGAGGAACAACUUCUCUAUGGAAGUAGAAAAACUGUCCAAGAAGCACCAGGCGGUCCUGGAGAAGGAGACAAAGGCUGUCCUGACUGAGGAGAAGAAGUUCCAGCAGCACAUCCUGGGCCAGCAGAAGAAGGAACUGACCGGUCUGCUUGAUUCCCAGAAGCGACAGUAUCGACAGCGCAAGGAGCAGCUUAAAGAGGAACUGAAUGAGAACCAGUCGACACCAAAGCGGGAGAAACAGGAAUGGUUGGUGCACCAGAAGGAGUGCAUGCAGCAGCUGCAGGCAGAGGAAGAGGCCGGUCUGCUGAGGAGGCAGAGGCAGUAUUAUGAGCUCCAGAGUCGCCAAUAUAAGAGGAAGAUGCUGCUGGCCCGCCACAACCUGGAGCAGGAUCUGCUCAGAGAGGAUUUGAACAAGAAGCAGACUCUGAAGGACCUGGAGUGUGCCAUGCUGCUGCGCCACCACGAGUCCACCCAGGAGCUGGAGUUCCGGCAGCUGAGUUUGGUGCAGCGCACGCGGGCCGACCUGAUCCGCACGCAGCACCAGACGGAGCUCACCAACCAGAUGGAGUACAACAAGAGGCGCGAGCAGGAGCUGCGUCAAAAACACGCCGUGGAGGUCCGCCAGCAGCCCAAGAGCCUGAAAGUGAGUGAGAGCGGGGGGUCUCCUGAGGAGAGCCCGUCGACUGAGGGUCUGAGCAGCAGCUGGGACCGUGAGACAGGCCCCGUAGAAGAUGAGGGGGGCGGUGAGGUAGGAAGAGAGCUGUAUGAUGAUGGAGAUGAGCUUGACGGAGUUGUAGAACUCAGAGAUGAGGAUUAUAGAGAUGGGGUGGGGGAUCAGGGGGUGUCUGAGGCUGACAGGAAGUUUGAGAUGGAUGAAGAGGACGAUGAAACGAAGGGAACUGGUGACAGAGAUGUUGAUCAAUGGAAACUGGGAGAGAGCGAAGAGUUGAGGGAAGUAGAGGGGGUUCAGUGGGAAUAUGAGGAGGAUUACAGUAAAAUGUCUCCUGUAGAUGUCGAUGAUGAGGAGGAGGAGGAGGAGGAAGAGGGCAGGGGUGUGGCUGAUGGUUGUCCAUCAGAGCUCAUCUCAUCGUCGAGCCCAGAAAAGCGACGGCACCGAGACAUCGAUGAGCUGUCAGAGUUUUACUUCCCUGAACCCACAGCAGAGCUGGAGCCCGGUCCUGUCUCGCCUCCUCCUCCUCCCCCACCGCUCGCCUCCCUCCCCUCACUCUUUUCUCACGCCAUCUGCCUCCUCCUCUCUCUUUCUGCUGCUGCCCAUCCCUCCAACCUCACUUUGAUGCUGCUCUCCAUCUUCCUCCUCUCCCUCCGUCGCUCGCCGCCCCUCCCCUCCGUGGCUUCUCUCAUCCUCUCUGCUGAGCUGGCGUUCUUGGCGCUCUUCUUCUCCUACCUCCUGCUGCGCUCCUGCUGCUCCCUGUCCCUCUCCACCUUCUUGUCGUUCAGCCUUUGGACCAGCGCCCUCUUCAGUUUGGGCCUCUCCUUCAGUUUGGGGAUUUACUACAUCCCCAUUAUCCUCAUCUCCGCCUCCUUCCUCAGCUCCCCCUCCCUUUUCCUUUCCCUCUACCUGGUUGUGGUCCUGGUGGUCAGGCCAGCUCGCAACUUCUUCCAGCAUGCGCCUCGUAAAAUCAACCGCUUGUGCAUGCGCGUCCUCUUCCGGCUUCCUCGACCCCUGUUCGCCAUGUGCCAGUCAGUCCUGGGGGGUGUGGCAGAGCGAAACCUUUAUGAAAUGUUCCCCAAAGCUGGGCGUAACUGGGGGGUGCGCCAGUCCAGGAUUCCAGUUCCACUGAAGAGCUUGCCUUUAGAGUGUCAGGCCCGCUGCAGUGGCACCUCUCUGCUGUCCAAGUGCCUCCUCUGGGGGAGGCGCUUCAGUAGACGCCCGCUGGGGGUCCUGGCAGACUUUACUAACACCAUAGUCCUAAAACUGGUCCGACUGGUUGUUCUAAAACUGCCCGUCGGAGUGCGUGCAAAGCUCCAAACUCUGGGUCUCUUGAAGAAGGAGCUCCCGAGCCGGUUGCCCCGACUGCUCCCCCGGGAGGUCAGGGAGAGGAGGCAAAAGGAGAGGAAGAGGAGAGAGAUGGAGAGGAAGAGGAGGGAGGAGAGGGUGAGGAUGUUUCGGGAGGAGGCGAGGUGGGAGUGUGGGUUGAGGCGAACUUCAUCUGGAAGGUUUGUCCGGGGUAAAAUCCGCCCGUGGAGAUAGCUGGAAGCAGAGGGAGGUGUGUGGGUGAUGCGUUCGUGUGAGCUCRGUCAUCAUCACGCUCUGCGUUCCAUUUGUCAACCAUUGUUUGUGUUUUUGGUUUGGGCCCACAUGUUUCUCCUUUUUAGAUCAUUUCUGAACGGGUUUGUGAUCACACAUCUUAAAAAUUAGCCUCCUUUUAGCAGCACGUGUGUACGUGUGCGCACUCCGGCUGAAACAGAUUUUUUGGCUGGUGAAGCUGUAUUUAAAGUGAACGUACGAGCACGAAGCCAUACUGUUACCAGGUCUACAGACUGAUCAAACAGUUAUCUCAAAUCCAGUGAAUCUUAACAUUUUAAUAUUGUGCUUUUUGUAAAAGUUCCUUAAAGUUUCUUAAAUAUUUUUAUUUUGCUCUUAAU